CAGAAAAUUUAAAGCAGUCUUUGAAAUUCUUAAUCAUUUCAAAACUGAAACUGCACGCGUUGCAGAGCUGAGUUAUCUGUCCCGUUUUGAUUGAGGAAUCAAAACCGAGACUCUGAAAAAAAAAAAAAAUAAAAGCACCCCCGCUUGUUUUUUCGGAACUAUCCCUGUUUGUGUCUCGAACACAGUUUUGGUUUUGCUCUUUGUCUUCUCUCUCUUUCUAUUUGGGUCUUUGCCUUUUCUUUAUCUUUUUUUUUUUCCUGUUUGGCGUUCCGUCUGCCAUGAUUGGAGGCAAAGAUCUUGUUCCCAAUGGCGUGGACACCGAGGGAGAGAACUCAAGGAGCAAGGUGCAGCAGCAUCAGCAUCAGCAUCGUGAUUUUUCUCAGGGCAAGGAACGGCCACAAGAGAAAAAGCAAAGUUACCCGGAGAAGAAGAAGGUUGGUGUUGACGAGUUUCAGUCACCACCCUCAAAAUUUGCCUCUUCUGGGUCGCAAGAGUUGACCCUCAGCUACCUCUGCGACAACCCAAAAUUGAGUCUUGUCGAGAGGGAGGUCGGCGGCAGAAGCUCGGUGAAGGGCAAAGAAGUUGUGGUUUAUGGGAAUUCAGAUCAAGAUCAAGACGAGUUAAGGUUUAAAUCGUCUCUGGAAGAGGUGACAGCAUUUAGUGCGCGACAAUACUUCGACCAGGAUUGUCUUCGGAGGAAGGUGGCUGUUGGGAACCAAAAGCAAGAUCAGGAUGAGAAAUGGGUGGAGAGGGAUUUCUUGAGUUUGAGUGAGUCAAGGGAGAAUUCUUCGAAGAGAUCCAUUGAUGAAGAGUGUGAGAGGGAGAGGAGUGGUGGCAGCAAGAAGCAGAAGCUUGAGACUCUCAGUCUCUCCCUUGCUUUGCCUGAUGUGUCGCUCUCUCUCACAGCCUCAAACGCUUUGCAAAAUGGUGAGCAACUCGUUAAACCAAAGCCUGGUAUGCCAUCCACAAGGCCCACAACUACCAUCAAUUCAUGUUCAAAUGAUUACACUGCAGCUUCUAUGUCUCAAUCCUACUCUCACCCUUUCUCACACAACCCAAGUUGCUCAAUCACCCGAAAUUCAACCGACAAUUUUGAGUAUUCGCACAGCAAAGAUGAUCAAAUUUGGCAUUGUGGGGAGGGGACUAAUGGGUCAGUUCAUAGCAGGUUCAAGCCAAUUGGAGAUGGGGUUGCUUUGGCCAAUCAUUCCUUUAUGCAAGGGAACAGUCACUAUAAGGCUACUAGCUCGGAUAACCAGUCUUUUUUCCCUUCGGAAUUGCCUGCAAGAGUGAGAUUUGAAGCUCAGUCUGAGGGCUCCAGGGGAAAGAAUUCUGAGAAUCUGAGAGGCUUGGAAGGUGUGGAUGGUGGGAAGAUGAUGAAGUUUUCUAGAUCAGAGAGAAUUCUAAGGGAAAUUGUGUCUGAGUCUAUCCCAACAAUGGCUUUGCAAUUUCAGGAGUUCACUGAUGAAGUCAUAACUUCAAUUAAGGAACACUUGAAAGGUCUCAUUGAUACACCAGAGAAGAAAGGGGAAUUGAUGAGCCUCCAGAAUCGGCUUGGUCGAAGAUCUGACCUCACCAGAGAGAGUCUUUCCAAGUGUCAUAAAGGGCAGCUAGAGAUUUUGACUGCUAUCAAGAUGGGGCUAGCGAGUUUCUUGUCUGGUAAGUUCCAAAUCUUGGAGAUGGUGGAGGUUUUCUUGUAUAUGAGAUGUAGAAAUGUGAACUGCAAGAGCUUGCUGCCCGUUGAAGACUGUGACUGCAAGAUGUGCUCAGGAAAUAAGGGGUUUUGCAGUUCUUGCAUGUGUCCUGUUUGUAUGAGCUUUGAUUGUGCAAGUAAUACUUGUAGUUGGGUUGGUUGUGAUGUUUGUUCACACUGGUGUCAUGCUACCUGUGCCAUUCAGAAGAAUCUAAUCAAACCUGGGCCUAUCUUGAAGGGUCCUUCUGGGACCUCUGAGAUGCAGUUUCAUUGUAUUGGCUGUGGACAUACUUCAGAAAUGUAUGGCUUUGUUAAAGAGGUCUUUCUGUGUUGUGCCAAGGAUUGGGGCCUAGAAACUUUGAUGAAGGAGCUUGAUUGUGUGAGGAGGAUUUUUCAGGGAAGUGAAGAUCGCAAAGGGAAGGAAUUGCAUUUUAAGAUGGACGAUAUGCUGUCAAAACUUCAAGCUAAACUGGUUUCUCCUUCGGAUGCCUGCAACUUUAUCAUACAGUUUUUCAGCUACACUGAUGGCAUGUCAGAUUUCCCAGCUUCUGGUACAUCCACAAAGGAUCUGUCAAAAUCUAAGGCUAACCUUACAGUAGACAGCACAACAUCAUCUCUUCCACAAUCUACUUCUCUAAUUCCAAAAUACCCUUAUGACAUGAGCUUCACUAGGUCAAAUGAUCUUCAACAGAAAGACCUGAAAACCUCCCUCUUGAGUGAGCAGAAAAAGGAGUCUGAUCUGCAUCUUGAGGCUUUACUAAGGAAAGGAGGAGGGCUUGAAAGCUUGGAGAGCAUCAUUCGGAUAAAAGAGGCCGAAGCAGGAAUGUUCCAGAGCAAGGCAGAUGAGGCAAGGAGAGAGGCUGAGGGAUUCCAGAAGAUGAUCAAGACAAAGGCUGCACAGAUGGAAGAGGAGUAUGCAGAAAGGCUUGGCAAGCUUUGCUUGCAUGAGGCAGAGGAAAGGAGGAAGAAGAAAUUUGAGGAACUCAAUGUGUUGCAAAACUCACACUAUGAUUACUUCAACAUGAAAAGCAGAAUGCAAGAUGAGAUUCAUGGCUUGUUGAAGAGAAUGGAAGCAACAAAGCAGCAAUGGGUCUAAUUCAUGUACUUUCUUCUUGUUAUUGUUUAGUAUUUUUCUCUCUGGAACACCCACUAAAAUGCGUGCAGCCUAUUUGUUUUCUGCUGUUUCUUCUUCAGAAUAGAUAACUUUCCUUUUAUAAAUUGAAGAAUCAAGUUUUGUAUGCUUCAUUGAAGGGCUUAAACCUGAAUUUAACCAUGUUCUUCAUUAGAGCUUGCAGUUCUUGUUUAUAAUGUUAAACAAAGAACUAGUGAUUAUUUUCCUUUACUAGACAA